AAAUCUUUAUCCCAUACAUUCAUUAGUCCCUGCUGACCCCGAGGAAUACCUAGUUACUUGCGUUAUUGAAACCAGAUAUUUUUAUGAUCAUAACAAUCGUCAAGCUCUUAUUUGCGAGACAUGCGCGCGCAAUUAUCAAAGUUGUAUGCGUGGAAAAUAUCCUAUGCACAUAGGAAGAUUCUGUAAGAUAAAAGAAGUCAGGCAUGGAUUCAUGAAUGGAACUUUGGCACUUGACCACUGUAAAUGGUGCGAAGGAUCGUUUGCUAAAACCCAACCGAUAGCUUCGUGUCGUUCUUGUCCCUUGGCAUAUCAGAACGUGUUAAAUAUUCUAGAAACUAGAGGAAUCAGUCGUGAACAUGUUACCUUACUUGUAUACGAUCAUCACCAUCGAAUUUUGAAAUUUGUAUCACGCGAACCAACUGUUUAAAAUUUAGCCGACAUUGUUGAUGCAUCACUCAUUAACAAUGCCGAGAUCUAACCCGUACUUGAACCUGUUUGAAAAUAUUCUCGAUUAUGUAGACCAAUACGUUCUGUCCUGUAUUAAAACUGCAGGAUAUCUAUGUCAAAGAUUCCCUGAGAAUCUAUACAAAUGCGAAAACUGCAAGGAUCCGUCAAAUACAGUAUUUAUACAUGGACAUGGGCUCGCCGAAGGCACCCAUUACUCUUUCAAUUACACACAAUGUAAGAAAUCAUUAAUAAGGACGAGACCAAUACUAAGUUGUUCAAAUUGUUUGGCCGCACGCGAACGCUUUCUCAGGAAACUUGAAACGCGUGACUUAAUUCGUAAAAAUAUCAAAAGAUCAUAUUUGACGUCCUUAACAAUGAUUUUACUCACUUAGAAUGCUUACAACCGCCAAUCUACGAGAUUCGCCGUGGUGUAAGUCUGAUGCGAUUGCGCUACGAGCACCAUCGCAACCGAUUUCGUCAAAACGUGCCCUAGUAAAAGGCUCAAUAUACAAAUACCGUUUAUAAAUUACCUUACACAUAUAUUAUUUUAUGUUCAGUAUAUUCUAACUAUGUUGAAGCACACAAAGCUACACAUAUAACCGAUUAUAUUAAUUUUAGGCGUAUACUGUUAUCCAUAUAUCGUUUACACUGUAUAAUUAUGUUUUAACCAAAUUUCUAUAUCGUUCUUUUAUAUUAAUCUUUGCACUAAAGCCAGUCACGUAAAAUUACCGACCCAAAAAUAUUUAGAAUAAGAAUACGUAAGAGACAUAACGCAAAACAUAUUAUAUCAUCAUAUCCGUUUGCUUGCUGUUAUUAAUAUUAUCAUAUUAUAUUCAGUCUCUUAAAAUAAUAAGGAAAAGCCAAAUACAAAAUGACAUAAAAUGCUAGUUUCUACACCAGUCAAAAAGAACAAACAAAAUUGUACUCCUUUACUUUGCAUACUGCAACAUGUUAAUCCAUAUCACUAGUUCUAUUUCCACAACUUAUAUACAUAAGUAUUGAUAUUUGAGGUUCAAACGCACACAAUCAUAUAUAAUUAUACUAUAUACAAGUUUUAUUACAUUAAUCGUAUCAGUAAUAUUGUUCAAAGAAAAGAAAUAGGAAAACGCAAUAUAAAAAAAAAAACGUUUUAUAUUCUUAUAACCAUAAUGUUCUACUUACUUUUGAAUAAAUUACAUUAUUAAUCGAUAUAUACUUAUGAAUUAAAACAGAUGUUAUUACAGUAAUGGAAUUGUUCUUUGUUAAAUUGCGAUAGAUAUAAGGACGCACUAUAUUUAGAUAACAGUCUAUAUUGACGUAUUUAAAACAUACAAAAAAUGUUAACUAACUUUAUGCAAAUGUCGUUUCAUCUUACAAUAAGUAUCAGGAAUAUACAAUUACAUUAUAAAUCACGCAGAAUUAUUCGUUUUAGAAUUAAGAACGUAGUGAGCGCACUAUUUUUAUUCUCAACCAAUAACUUAUAGCUUAUACAUUCGCAUAUAUACUGCAUUACCAAUAUUAUAUCUACUUGUUAAAAUUUUGAGACGUAUAUUACAACUUGCACGCACCAUAUAUUACUAAUCUUUGAAUCAUAUAAUUAUAUUAUUGCUUUUCGCAAAUUAAGUUAAGACUUAGAUAUAAGCAAAAUACAGCUACAUAGAUACUCUAUCUGCACCAUUAUCAUUCGGAGAUUGAUAUAUACAAAUAUAUUUAAUCAUGUAACGAAAGUAAUAACAAAACAGAAAACGCAAAAUCAAGAAAAAUUGUUUCAGUUAAAGAAUUAAGUAAAUAAGUUAGAUAUAAGUGUAUAUAUCUUAUGAACGUUACAAGUUAAUGCUGCAUAAGAUUUGCAAUGAAUUGCCUAGAUUAAAUGAUGUGAAAUAUAAAUUAAAUAAUUCUUGGAGGCAGCAAAUUUGUGCAGUGCUAGCCUUAGUAAUUAAGCCAAUUACUGUAAAUGUGUGUGUUACAGACAAUGAUCGUAAUACUCGCAAUUAUUACUCUUGUGAACCCCGUGGCAUCCCUCAUUGGAUAUGACUGCGGAGGACGACACCUAAAUAUAACUACAAUAUCAUUGCUCGACGUCAGUGAAUGUGAUUUAAAAAUCAAGACUCCAAAUACAACGGGAGUGUACAUUCAGUUGCUCCAGUUGUCAGUGUAUAACUACGCCGAGGUGUUCCAGUGCAAGGUGGAAAUCUCGCGUACCGUCUACUAUUGUGGGAUGCAUUCUCACAUUUCUGCAGUCCAGAACGGCAGAGCUGACUACCUACACGAAGUUGGAUAUGACCAAUGCAUGAGGAUGAUCCAGGAUGGCACCCUCUCACUAGGACCUAACAACUACAUAACAGGCCUGAGAGUUAAUCAGACGACUACAAGAAGUAUUACUCUUGCAGGCAGCACCAAUAACGAAGGAGGCUGUGAAACAACAUAUUAUUCGGACCAGUUUGGAACUUGGCCCAAUGUCAUAGCACAAGGAGUAGUAAAAAUCACUCUCCGGACCUCCUACGUUCCAGUUCACCUAGAAUCCGGAAGAAUAAUACUAAAAUCCGGUACAGUCUGUCAACUGAAGGACGGAUUUUGUAUCGACUCAGACGAUGGAUAUUCAUAUUGGAAAGUUGCUCCGGCAUCGCCCUGUGACUUUCACCAGUAUGAUGUACUUUACGAAGGACAAGCGACGAAACUACAGGAGGAUCCAAAUGACCCAUAUUCUCCUGUAAUCUACAGCCUCAUCACUCAGGACAUUACGUUUGCACUCACCAAAACUCGUGAGUUUCCCCUGUGCGGAUACGUCUUGUUUCGCACAGAACACCCAAAACUUUUCGUACUUGAAACAAAAAGGGGAGACGCUCCCUCCAUUCGAAAGCAAAUCCCCAUGCAAAAUCUUGACAUUUUCGCAUAUGUGAACUCCAAGUUCGUAUAUGUGGAAAAACAUAUCAAACAACAGAUGAUUUCCUUGUAUCACAACGUGAUGCAACAAAAGUGCGAACUUGAAAGACAAGUAAUAACCAAUGCUCUGUCUUUCGCAACGCUACAACCUGACGAGUUCGCAUACCGAUUAAUGAAAGGACCAGGAUAUAUGGCUGUCACCGCAGGAGAGGCCAUAUUCGUUAUCAAAUGUAUACCAAUCGAAGCCACAGUACGCCGACCCAAGGAAUGCUUCACCGAACUUCCUGUAACUGUGCGCAAUUCCAGUAUGUUUCUAACACCGAAAUCCAGGAUACUUACUAAAGUAGGAAACCAAAGAGAGUGUAAUCAUGAAAUGCCUACUCUCUAUCGUAUUGAAGACACCUGGGUACAGCUGUCGCCAGACCCACAAGUCCGACAGACGUCACCUCAACAACUUAAACCUAUGGCCCAGCUAACUUGGAGAUAUCUAACGCCUGGACCACUUGCUGUUAGCGGAAUUUAUUCUGAAAAGGACAUUGAACGAUUAAGGGAACACAUUAUGUUUCCUGCUGAGAAGCCAGCUGUGCUUAACUCUAUCGCUAGAGGAUUGACCGGACAUUCAUUUGACCCAAAUGCUGUCUCAUUGUACAACAUGUUGGACGAAAACGCUCUAAAUAAAAUUGCCGAGUCCGCAGCCUCUAAGGUCUGGAAGGGAUUUGUCUCCUUCGGAUCAGCCACAGCCGGAUUGUUUGGAAUAUUCUUAAUCGUACGAUUGAUUAAGAUUAUCAUUGACACAACUAUUCAUGGAUACGCCCUACAUACUGUCUAUGGAUGCAGUAUGCACUUGCUUGGAGCCUUAUGGAGUUCCAUCACACACCUGCUUCUCCAUUUGGCCAGAGGACCCAUUGACAAGGACAAGGAACAACAUCUUGAUGACCAGGACACAACACCCAAGCUGACGAGUACGAGCAAGGAUCACCAGAUCACCAUCAGCAGCCCUACCUGCCCAGUCGAGGAACAACCUCAUCUCAGCGAAUCACCGAUUAUUGUAACUACCCCAUCUACUUAUACUUACCUUGAUUUAAAUCAAAGAUUGGAUGAGGUUAGUCAAAUUCCUCGAUUGCAACGGAAUUUGACUUAAAAAAAGGGGGAGGUGUGACGUCCCGUCAUUUUUUCUUAUUUUUCAUUAUUUUUCACAAUUUUUGACGCAAAACUAUUUUAAAUGCUGUAAAGACACAUUUAACAAAAUUAAAAUGAAAUCAAGUAAACUUUAAUGUCAACGAAUUUAAACCUCAAUCCUGAAAGAUUUAAAUCAAUCUCAAUAAGACAUUUAAGGUGUAAACCACCUUCUCACGGUAGCAAGCCAGAACUAACUAACCAAACCGUGACAAACAAUAUUGACGUCAUGUUAAAUAAUUGCAGCAAUCCUCUGAUUGCCUGAUUAAACAAUUCUCACAUGAUAAUUAAAAGAAUAAUUCGGUAAUAACCUUACCGAACUAACGAAAUAAAGAUUAUUGACGUCACUAUUGUAUAAUAAUAACAAGCGCCUAAAAACAAA